AUGGCUCGACUAUCUUGCGGAGAUUUUCUGAUCCUCCUUAUAGCACUGUUGCUUCCUCCUCUUGGCGUGAUAAUAAAGUUCGGCUGCUCCUUUGAAUUUUGGCUAUGCCUUCUCCUUAGCUUUCUCGGAUACAUCCCUGGAGCCGUGUAUGCCUUUUACAUCAUCUAUGUUGCCAUCCAGGAAGACGACGGGGUACAGGUGUACUAUGUGCGAGCGUGA